CUCUGCAACACUCCAUUCUCCAAAGGAGAGGAGGAAGAGCUCACCCACCUCCUGCAGCAAAACUCACCGACCUAAAAUGGCGAACUAGAAGACAACCCUUUUCCCCCUCACACUCACACUUCUCUUAACACGCCCACGUUCAAGCUCCAGUGGAAAACAUCAAAACAAACCCAGAAUCCGCCAUGAUCGCGAAGAAAGUUCCCCUCCUUCCCGCCAAAACCCUGUCCCAAUCCGUCCUCGUUUCUUACUACUCCACCUCGUCCCCAUCUCAAUUCCAGACUUUUCAGUCGCGGAGGCAGCAGCAGGAGGAGGAUUCGAGGUCCGUGAGGGUCUCGGUAUGGUGGGAUUUCGAGAAUUGCAAUUUGCCGGCUGGGGUCAAUGUGUUUAGAGUGGCGCAGACCAUCACGGCUGCGGUUAGGGCCAACGGGAUGAAAGGCCCCGUCCACAUCACGGCGUACGGAGACGUCUUCCAGCUUUCGAGGGCCAACCAGGAAGCUCUUUCCUCCACUGGAAUCAACAUGGCUCACGUCCCCAAUGGAGGAAAGAACAGUGCAGACAGGUCUCUUCUAGUGGGUCUAAUGGACUGGGUAUCCCAAAAUCCGCCGCCAGCCCAUUUGUUCCUCAUCUCCAGUGACAGAGACUUUGCCAGUUGCUUGCACAGGCUGAGGAUGAACAAUUACAACAUCUUGCUUGCAGCUAAAGAAGGUGCUCCCAGUGUUCUAUGCAGUGCUGCAAGUAUCAUGUGGCAUUGGAACGAUCUACUGAAUGGAGAGAACUUGGCUGGGAAGUAUUUCAACCAACCUCCUGAUGGUCCUUAUGGUUCUUGGUAUGGUCAUUACAAGUUACCCUUGGAAGAUCCAUUCUCCGUUCCUGAGCCUACACCUGCACCAGUACCAGUACCAGCACCAGCACCAGCACCAUUGCCACUUCCUCCCAAGGUCGAGGAGCCUGUAGAUUCUAUUCGUCCCAUACCAAAAGCAGUGAUGAAGCAGAUUCGACAGAUUUUGUGCUCGCACCCUCAAGGUAUCACCAUAACGGACCUUCGAGCCGAGUUGUUGAAUAGCAACUUGGCGAUCGAUAAGGAAUUUUAUGGCCAUAAGAAGUUCUCCCGAUUUCUCUUGGCAAUGCCACAAGUGUUGAAGCUUCAAAGCAAGGGGGAUGGUCGGUUUCUCGUGCGAGCUGUUCCUGGUAGGGCUCAUGAUCCAUCUGGCCCUCUUGUUAACACAGCUACUGAUAUACUUAACAAUGUGAACCGGGUUCCUGCUAGCUCUUCGAAGAUGGAUACUGACUGUGCAGCUGAGAAGAAUCUGUCACCAUUGGCUUCAUCAGAGCCAAAUGUGAGAGCUGUGGAAGUGGAUGUUGAUGGCAAGGUAUUCAACUUUCCUGGUAGUGAAAAGGUCUUGGAGAAGGCUAAUGGUCAGGAAACAGAUAAGCAGUUAUCUGCGGCAAAGAAUGAAGAGCCUGAUGUGGGAUUUUUCAGGACUCUUCGAAAAAUCUGGUAUGGAAGCUCUGAGAAGAACACUGAUGACUCUCUAGGAAAAAUUACAACUGACAAGCUUGGAAGAGACGGAGUUGAUGAAAAGAACCUUGAAUUGCCUAGCAGAAAGUUAGAAGCAUCUACUGAAAGCCCAGAAAGUGAAAGUGACAGCAAGUUGGCUGUGUCUAGUGAAAACUUAAGCAGAAGUACAGGUUUGUUUAGUCGGAUUAAGAACUGGUGGAAGUCUCGGGGAAACCAUGUAGAAUCUGUACACGAUCAACCCAGCAAAGUCCUUGAUCGGAUAAAUGUUGACAUGAAAGACCAUGAGUUCUUUUCUAAGGACACAUUCUGGAGGGUUAUGGAGUCCUUUCUUCAGACACAGAAGGGGUCACUCGCUAUAACAGAAUCCAGGACAAGGGAAGAGAUGGCAAGAAAUCUGCUAAAGGAAGGACCUUUGCUUUGGAAAUCUCUCAAGGAACCUGAUCUACUUCUGUUGGUAGACAUCUUGAUAUCACAAAAGAAAUGGGUGGCUGAAUGUCCCUCUGAAUCUUCCCGUUUUAAGGUCAUUCUAUGUAGGGAUAAUGCAGCCCGGACCAGUUCUCAGGGAUCCGAUGGAUUGAGGUCUUUGAUUCAGAAAGAAAGACAACAGAAUGUUUCGCAUACUGGUGUCUCGCCCCCCAUCGCUUACACAAAAUCCUCCGAGAGAUCCAGAAGCGAGAUACUGAUGGACUGCAGGAACCUUGUGCAGGAACUAGCGAAGAAAUACCCAAAUGGUUACAACAUGGGCUCUUUCCGAAAGAUGUUCCUUGAAAGGUAUGGUUACCAUCUCGACAUCCAGAAGCUGGGGUACCAAAAGUUGGCCGCUUUGCUGGAAAUAAUGCCAGGAGUUAAAGUCGAAUCUACCUUCAUCUAUCCUUCUACCAAAACCCUUAAGUCUAACUCUGAUUGCGAAUUGUCAAAGAAGGAGAACGAAUCAGAUUCUGUGUGGGAUGAGCUCGGUCCUCCCGAUGUCAACUCAUCGUCCCAAAGGGAUCCUGAUUACGAGCCUUACCUUUCAGAAGAUGAUAGUGAUGAUGUGGCGUCAGAUUCAGAACCUGAGACCCUGGCUACUGCAAGUACUUGUCAACCAGAAGAACGCCGCACAAAGUCCAAUGAGGAUAACAGCUCGUUGCUAGAUAUUCUUGAUACGUGGUCUGGGAGUAAGAACGAGGAAAUCGAAGGCAACUGCAAGAAAGAGGAGUCUGAGAGGAAUGGUGAGCAGAAUGCUGCAGUGGGUUUGCAGCAGCUUACUGGUUCGUCUGGACAAGGUGGCAAGUCAGCUGAGGCAACUGCUGCUCAAAUGGGAUGCUCUGGAGAAACGGUGCAGAAGUCUGUAAAGACUUAUUCUUUUGUCGAGGAUUCAGUCUCUCCUAGGGAUCAGCAGCAUAAGGUCAUUGAUGGGAUCUUAAGCAGGUUGAAGAAAACUAGUGAUUCGAGGGUGCCAAGCUGAUUUAUUUGGACUUAAGAAUGUUCUGCCUUUUGUAGGGUUAGAUGAGCGUAGUAUGGAAGCUAAGGUAUAGCUACUGCUGCAAAAUUUAUGGUACCAUUGGUUGUUUUAGACUAGUAUCCUCGGUUUUGAUUCAGGGAAAACUUGUUCAAAACUUAACUCGCUAAUUAAGGCUUGUUCACUGUUGUGUUGCUCGUGAGCCUGCUUGACAUGUUGGCUCGUUGAGCUCAAGGUGUGAGCUUACUCGAAAAUGUAGUUAGGACGAGCUGGUUUAACUUGGGGGUUAUUAGUGAAUUGACUUCUAGGAGGUUAUUACUCGAAUGUUCGUAAAUUAUAUCUUUGUUACAUUAUAUAUUUCACAACAUAUAAUAGUUUUG